UUCUCUCUUGGAGCUCCCAGCACUGUUUCUUUGGACCUUUCUCGAUGGCCUUUUGGUGUGAGGCUAUUGGCUGCCAUGGGGUUUGCUGGAGCAUUGCACGUGUACGUGUGCAGGUGUGGCUGCUGCUCCUGAUUCCAGCAGGUAAUACCAGGGACUCUGCUGCCUGCCCACUUACUCCUCUGUCCUGCAUUUCCAGCAUAGAUGAGAGCAAAGCUUUCUAACCACUGGCACAGGAUCAACUUGCUUUCUAAAUUGCAAGUAGUAGCCCUCCAAGUUGUAGCCAUAGUACAGACAACUUCUAUUGUAAUAUCUGCUCUGUUCAUGUCACGUAUGUGGUGUCCCUAAUAAAGAUUCCAGGAAAGGGUGAUUAUUUUUUCUUCCUUCCUUCCUUCCUUGCAUAACUUGGAGAGUUAUAAUAUCUUUUCAAGGUCAUUUUCGUGCUAACUUUUAUGAUAGGAAAGAAAAUAAACUAACACAGAUCCUGCUGUUUCCUGACAAAGCUUCUAUUGAUGCUCAUUCAUAAACUUUCAACUUGUAUGCAUAUAGCAUACUAGAUAGGCAAGUGUCCUUAACUUCUACAAACAUUGAAAAUAAGGAUUAAAGUCAGUAACUCGGCUUAGGAUUUUAGGAUGUGCAGGACUUUGUGAUGGAGCAAUUUCACUUGUCUUUGUGCAUGACUUGAGUGGAACUCAGGUGUGGAGAGGGGAUGCAGGCCUCCACUCCCUGACCCACAUGUGUUUCUGGGGAAGAGAGCUCUGUCUCUGGUUCUGUUUCUGGGUGCCAUGUAGUACUGCAAUGCUUGCAAAGACUUUAACAGGCCCCAUCCCUGGGCUCUGCUCUCUGAGACUGGAAGCCUGCAGGAGACUUUCAGCUGAACUCUCAUCUCUCAACACUGGCAAACAUUCAUAAGAUCUACCACACCCUUAAUAAGCUAAACUUAACGGAAGACGUUGGCCAAGACGAUCACCAAACAGGAUAUCUGCGGUCUUGCAGUUCUUCGGACUGCUUUAAUAAAGUGAUGCCACCAAGGAAAAAGAGAAGACCUGCUCCUGGAGAUGAUUUAUCUGCCAAGAAAAGCAGACAUGAUAGCAUGUAUAGAAAAUAUGACUCAACUAGAAUAAAGACUGAAGAAGAAGUAUUUUCGAGUAAAAGGUGCUUAGAGUGGUUCUAUGAAUAUGCAGGUACUGAUGAUGUUGUAGGUCCUGAAGGCAUGGAGAAAUUUUGUGAAGACAUUGGAGUUGAGCCAGAGAAUGUGGUUAUGCUUGUCCUAGCUUGGAAAUUGGAUGCACAGAACAUGGGUUAUUUUACUCUACAGGAAUGGUUGAAAGGAAUGACUUCUCUACAAUGUGACACAACAGAAAAACUCAGAAACACUUUGGAUUACUUAAGGUCGUUACUAAACGAUUCUACAAACUUUAAACUUAUCUACAGAUACGCUUUUGACUUUGCACGGGAAAAGGACCAGCGCAGCCUAGACAUAAACACUGCCAAGUGCAUGUUGGGACUGUUAUUAGGAAAAAUCUGGCCCCUUUUUCCAGUUUUUCACCAGUUCUUAGAGCAAUCAAAAUACAAAGUUAUUAACAAAGACCAGUGGUGCAAUGUGCUAGAGUUUAGCCGAACAAUUAAUCUCGACCUCAGCAACUACGACGAAGACGGAGCAUGGCCAGUUUUGUUGGACGAGUUUGUGGAGUGGUAUAAAGACAAACAGAUGUCGUAGGACUUCAUGCACAGCAGCGAGAGAGUCACUGUUACCACAGUCAUGUCAACCGUUAGCCAUAAACUGCUGUUUGUAUCAAAGCGCAUGCUGCUUUCCUUGCACUGUCUCCCUUUGGCAGGGAUGUUUUGGUGUUUGCUAUUGACUGGACCGGCUCUGUUUGCUGUGUAGCAUUGUUCUCUUGAACGGCUGCUUUGCAGUUUGUAUUUACACUACAGAUUGGUGAAUUUGCCAACGUCCUCACUGUGAUUAUGUGUAUAUUGCUGUUUAAAUUUUGUAUAUGUGUAUAAAAAGAAAAAGCUUCACCUAGAGAUUAUUUCUGCAAAAAUGUAUUGUACAAAUAAUUUUGUGGCAUAUUUCUAGUCCCUUUUUUUUUUUCAAAUGAACCAAUUAUACUUCAUUUGGUCUCAAAUGUAGCAUUUCAGAAGAUGAGACAAAACAACUUCAGCAUGAGCAAACAUUGCCAGAAUUAACCUUAUUGUCGAAGAGGCUGUUUUGGAAGGAGGUGGGAGUCAUAAUUCUUCAGUGGCAUAGGCCAAAUACCGUUUGGUUUACCUAACAAUUUUAGCAUGUUAGAAUGAUGAAGUUGAAGACGUAAAACAUGCCACCUGUCAUUUCCCAUGUGAGGCCCAGGAUUUGGCUCUGCAGUGUUAAAAUUGUAGUAGUUUGAAUUUAGACACAAAUGAACAAAUUAAAGUUGUACUUCUUAAUUUUUUAAUUGGAUUUUAAAUUCUUAUAAACAUUAUUUAAUGGUUUUUCUCCCAAACCACCCUCCACUUUUCUUUAUUUUUUUGAUUUUGCAUUCUUCUAGCCAGUGUUAGAUCUGCUGAUGCUUUCUAUGCCACUCUAAGUAAAAUUUAUUUUGCCUCCCCCAUGAAAACCUAAUGGUUUGCUGGCCAUUUAUAACUAACUGCUGAGCACUUUUAGUUGUGGCUUGUAUUUUUAGUUAAGCUUUUAUGGUGUCUGAUUUUCUAGGUUUUCUGUUUUGUUUUGAAAAAGAGCUGUGAGAAGUGUUCAGUUUCAUUUUAGUUUGUUUUCUUGGUUUUGUUUCUUUCGUGCUAGGCUUUUCCUGGCAGCAUGUCCAUUGCUGGCAGUGGACACAAAACCACCAGCAUUGAGCUAACCUAUUACAUGGUAGGACCUUUCCUGCAGGGGCCAUUUGUCAUUACCUGAGUCUUGUACAGAAGAAGGGCAACCAUUAUUUAUGUGGAUGAGGAAAUAAGAAUAAUAGCAGAAUGAUAGUUUUAGAUUUGUGUUUUAUGGUUGUUCUUUUUUGUUCUUUUUCUUUCUUUUUUUUUUUUUUCUUCUUGAGAACUGUGUAAAUAACAUGUUUUUGCCCAACUAUCUGGUGCUAUUGAAUGACUAAUUCAGUCCCUAAAGUUUUAUAAAGACACAUAAUAUAGUGAUUUCACCCAAGAAAAGAGUUGAUGAUUCAUUUGAGCAAGUAAACACUGUAGUUGUGAGCAGGAUCCACGAUUGAACAAGAAGACGUUUGGAACUAUCUUGAAAUCUGGCCAAAAACAUCUUUUAGCUUCAAUGUGAACCUUUAAGAGGCAUUCAAUGGGUAAAGCACACUGACAAUGCUACUCUUGACCGCUGAUGUACUUUCUUUGCAAACAGUGUUCAGAUUUUCAUAUUUUUUUUCCCUUAUGGAACCACCAAAGACAGAAAUUUUGUAUGUAUAUACAAUAUGUGAGCAUAUACAAAAUCAUGAUAUGGUAGAAGAAUGCAACUACUCUCUCUUUCUACCAAAUAAAAAAGGUUUGGCUUGCUGUGAAAUAAACCAGAAGUUGAAAAAACUCUGCAGUGAUUAAGCAUACUUAACCAUUCCUUGUCUGUAUUCUUCACUUUUAACCUUACAGUCUAUUAUCACCUUGCAUAAAUUGACACCUGAAAGCAUAGCACAUGUUGGCAGCAAGUAGCUGCUAUCGAGAUCAUCUUGUUGAGAAGAUUCUGACGGAUGGGUGCAUGUUAUAGCAGUGAUUGGCCACAGGCAGACUCGGAUCCAUGGAAGUGAUUCAAAAGUACCCCCAUGAAGUUCCAAAUGUACCCUUUAUAGGCAACAUUUUUUAAAUUUGACCAGUCAUAGUUGUGUUUAAAGCAAGUGUAAAUCACAGAUGAAAUUAUUUUGAAUAUUAUAUUAGAAUCUAGAGAAUUGUUUUACUGCUCGGCACAGUUAGUCCUAAAUUAAAAGGGUUGUUCCAGGGGGAGGUGUUAGCAUUCUAUUCGCAGUGAACCUGUUCCUGACAGGAGGACCACCCAAGUAAGAAUGAUCUCACAAUAUGUGAUAUGUAAGUAAGCAUUGCAAAGGGAUAAUCUUGCCUGUUUAGAAAACUCCAGAUAAUCUUGAAACUCAGACUUCUGUGACUCCGUGGGGUUGCAGAAUGCUUGCCCUUGGAGUUCUCAUUUUCUGUAGUUAUUUUUUUUAAGAGGAGAAGAAGGAAUCAGACCAAGUAGUAAGAUGCUUUUGCUUUAAUUACACAAAACUGAAUGAUCAUAAGUUAUUAACUGAUUCGUGUUAAAUAUGUUAGGGUGCCUUCUGAUUUUACUCCAGUACCUGAGUCUGUAUCCUCUCUUUGUUUUGUUGUGUUGUGAACUCCACGUUACAAUACCAUGUCGUAAUGGAACAUAGCUCCUUGGGGUUAUUGCUGCAGUAGGUCAAAAAUUUUGUUCCCUUAGUUGCCACAAACAUCCACUGUAAUGUUUCAUGCACUGUUUUGGAAGCAUGAACUCUGAAUUAAGGUUUUAUAAAUCUGACUAGACAAACCUCUAGAUUCUGGUUCAGAUUUCUGUUGCCUGUCAGUUUCCAUUUCAACAGUGCUUUUGAAGUUUAUACAGAAAGCUUUAAAAGUUAGUUUGUGCCGUUUGGUUUUUAUUCUUAAAACUACUAAAAUACCUCUGUAAGCCUUAUCCUAUAUUCUUUCAUAAGUUGUAUAAUAAAUGUAAAGAAUUCAUUGACCAACUAAAAUGUUGGGUGUCUGUAAAUGAGACCAAAAUGUGGAUUGCUUUUUUUCCAUAAAAUAAUUUCUAUAGGGGGUUCCUGCUAAAUGAACAGCAGCUAUUCUAUAACUGUGAAUGCUUUGUGUUGUCAGUAUCUGCAUUACAUUCAUGAAAGUGUGCAAAUUCUGUGACUCCCAACUUAACUAAAAUACUGUUAUGCCACCUAACUUGAGUUCAGCAAACUGGUUUUAGGUUUUAAUGGAAUUGAUGUAAAAUGAUAUCCCGUAAAUAAAAAGUAUUUGUGUUUGAUUUCAGA